AUGGGCCCGCAGACGGCCAGGUCUUCCUCGGGCUCGCGAGUAGUCGAUGGCCGUCUUGCUGUCUCCACUUCUUACCACCACGCACCCGUUCAGUACGCCACGACACGACAGGCCACGUCCUCGAGCUCGCCCUUACUGUCCACUCGUGCGCAGGCCCGCAGCGACAACUACGGCCCGCCCGUCAUGACUGCGGUCCACCCCGGUUGCGUGCUGUGCGGUAUCGUCGCCAGCGCCGCAUCGCAUUCUUCCAGCAUGAGCAGUGCCCCUCAGUCUCCGAUCUCACCGUCCAUCUCGCUCUCGACGCCAGUCCGCGCCGCGACCCCCGACCUGCAGCGCGGCCAGCGACCGAAUGGCCCUCCGAUCGAGCCGUAUGCGCCGCCUGUGCCGCCGGGGCAGUCCAACCGCGUCAUAAACGUGGGACCACACCAGGUCAUCUACCGGGAUGACUUUAUCACUGUCUACCCGGCCGAGGGCAAGGAGUCGCUGUGUCCUGAGGGAAGACACCUCAUCAUCAUCCUGAACCAGCACCUGACGAACGUCUAUGACCUGGGCCCUUCGGAUAUCCCGGUGCUCUCUCACAUGAUCAACACGGCGAAGCGGCUUCUGCUACGAUCUGUCGCUGCUCCGAAUGCAUCGAUCGCAGAGCGAGGACUAGGAGAGAAGGACGUCCGUGUCGGGUUUGUGAACGGCAUGCCUGCGGAUCCACGAUCGCCGCACCCGCACCUGCAUGCGCAGGCGUUCCUCGGCCCGUUCGACAAGACGUUACCCGGCUCGACGCUGUGGCGGCGCAACAUUGUCUUCUCAUACAUGAACUGGUGGAGUCUGGAGGACCUGCGCGCCGAGAUCCGCGAGGCGACGUCCAACUGCCGCGUCAAGAGCGGGUACGACGACCGCUUCGAGGCGCCGAUCGACAAGGUCCCCGAUGCGGGCGCGAGCGAGGGCUUCCCGAACGCCAUGGAGCCGGUGCACGACGCAUACGCCGACGGACCCGGACCCUCGACGUUGCGCCGGAACGACAGCGCCAAGUCGGACGCGACUGUCAAGGCGGGCAGCUCGAAGCGGCACGAGCACGGCGAGCAGCGCGCAUUCGUCAGCGCCUCGCGCACUUCCUCGAUGUCGAGCAACGAGUAUGAGGUCAGCAUCAACUCGAACUCGAGCUAA